AUGGGAUUCAUCUUGGCCAAGAAAAACAUACUCACAGUAUCAACGUGUAGAGAUAUAUCAGAUACAGUCGUUAGUGCAAUUAUGCCCUGUUUGAUUUUCGAUAAUAUGGUUUCGUACUUGAAAUCUUCAGAUAUAAAAAAUUUCGGUAUAAUUAUGUUUACUGCUUGUCUAUUGUUUUUAGUUGGUGGAUUAUUGACUCUUGCUACUCAUUACAUCACCAGAUCACCAAAGAGAUGGCUCGGUGGAUUGAUAUCAGUAGGAAUUUUCCCAAAUAUUUCAGAUUUACCCAUUGCCUAUCUCCAGACAUUUACCAAGACGGGGACAAUUUUCACGCCGGCAGAAGGUGACAAAGGAGUUGCUUAUGUUUGUCUUUUCCUUUUUGCUAUGAUUUUGUUUCAGUUCCUGUUUGGGUUGUUUAGAUUGAUUCAAUGGGAUUUCAGAGAUGAGUUGAAAGUUGAAGGAGAUUUGGAGAAACAAGCUUCUUCAGGCAGUGCAACAUUAGAGGAGGAGAAGGAGAAUGUUGAGAAGGAUAAACACUCAAAUGAAAAAUUGACUUCAUAUGAAACGGAAGCAGCAGCAGCCAAAAAUAAUCAUGAUGAUAGUGCAGAACAAUUAAUGGUUAGCAACGAAUUGGAACCGUCAUCAUCUCCAUCAAGAUCCGAAGCAAGCUCAACAAAUACAGAGUCGAUUUCUAGUGAAUCAAUCCUAUCCCAACGAUUAAGCAAUCGAGACGAAGAUGUGCAACAUAGCGAAUUCUUAAAAGCACAUUCAACGGGUAACAUGAACAAUGACUCUGUUACCAUUCCUGCAACAACAAAAACUAGAAAUACAUCAUCAGUCCGUAGAACUUCAAGAGCUACAUCAAAUGCAGACUCAAAUACUCUUGAGUUGGUAGCAUCAAGAAAUGCUGAUCUUAGACGACUACCAUCACAGAAUGUAAAUGAUGUUAUAAACGAGUAUUCAGAGUUUGACAGUUUACGUAAUAGCGAGAUUGAAAAAACCAAGUCACUACAAAGCGACCCCAAGUCGGUUAAGAAGGAAUCGAAAUUCAAAGAAUUCGGAAGGACAAUGUUUAAAAAUUUAAUACAGCCAAGUUCGGUUUCUUUAUUGCUUUCAAUUGCUAUAUGUAUGUCGCCGCCAUUGAAAGCUUUGUUUGUACCUACUUCAUUUUACAUGCCCAAUGCGCCAGAUGAACAACCUCCAUUAUCGUUUUUGAUCGAUUUGACUAGUUAUGUUGGUGCAGCUUCAGUGCCGCUUGGUUUGCUUUUGUUGGGGGCUACGUUGGCAAGAUUGCAAGUCAAGAAGAUGCCUCCUGGUUUUUGGAAAACAGCACUUAUGGUGACAAUCACGAGAAUGGUUCUUUUACCGAUUUUUGGCGUUGGUCUCACAACAGGUAUGUACAAAGGAGGAUGGUAUGGAACAGAUCGGUUAGUUAGAUUUGUGAGCGUUUUAGAGUUUGGUUUACCCAAUGCUACAAGCUUGGUUUAUUUUACCGCUUUUUAUACCGACCCGUUGAGUGACGAGCAUUUGCAAAUGGAUUGUCUUGCUGUCUGUUUAAUUAUCAUGGCCUUGUACUACAAUUUGGUAUUUGUAUUGUUGGUAAUUGAAAUGGUAUUCUUUGGAAUACUUUCAUUACCAUACCCCAGAAGAGUUAGAAGAACCGUUUUACAAACGAUAUCUGCACCAUUUAAAAACGAACAAUUCCAAAUAGCAUUAAAAUGUGUCUUGGGAUUCGUAUUUGUUUUAUUCAUUGAUUCUGUAAAUAGAGUAUAUGCGGUAACUUCGGAAUUGCACUCGGCAACUCAAGCACAUCCAGGUUCUUCGGUGAUGAACGAUAGGUCGGAAAUUCAAGCAAGAAGAUUUUAUGCACAAAGAAAUAUGUACCUUUGUGGUUUCACUUUGUUCUUGACCUUGAUCUUGACCAGAACUUAUAACUUGGUGGUUGAGUUGAUUGUGACCAAGGAUAAAGUUGACGAAUUGAAGAAAGGCGAUCUUGGUGCUGCUGGUGAUAAAGGCGAUCUAGGUGCUGGUGGUGUGAAGGACAAGUCUUUUGAAAGCAAGGAAAUUACCAAAUUGAAAAACGAAUUGGCUGAAAAGGAUGCAGCUUUGGAGUUGUUGAAAAAUCAAGCCGCCAGCUUGAACAAAGAGUAUGACGAAGCUACUGUGUUAAAAGGUGAAAAAGCAACUGGUUCAAACAGUGAAAAACACAAAGACAUUACUGAAUUGAAAAGUAGAGCAUAA